AUUGCGGGGGGCCUCCAACAUGGACAAACAAGCUACAAUAAAACCCACUCGUGUCGGACGAUUCCUGAUUGUGGCGUUGCUGGCACUGGCAUCGGUGUUUCAAAACUUGCGGCAUAUAAAGGUGCGUAGAAAAAUAAAACUAACGCUCAUGCCACCGCGCAUUAAAUUGUUUGCGCAAUUUUCAAUUUCCGGAGCAAAGUCAGUGUGGAUCAGAUACCCAGCUCCUAAGAAUCAUUCCACAUUACUGCAGGAAGUAAAAAUGCCGAAGACUGAAUGGAUCCACAAGCUGAUGAAGUAUGGCUAUCAGACUCAUAGUUUAACCCUUGAAGAAAGAACAGAGGGGACAGUACUGAUGAAAAUGAUUGAAUGGCCAAUGCCUCCCGAUACCAGUGUGCCCUUUAGGAAAAGCAGCGACCCAUUGCAUACUUGCUUUAGCAUUUUAAAUCCUGAGACGACUUUCCACGUUGGAGAUAAAUUGCAGGUGAUGCUGCGAAUGUUUGACUUUGACGGAAAUCCAAAACAAUAUGGAGGUGACUAUCUGCAAGCGCGGAUUCACACCCCAGACGUAAAGGCUGGUUCAGCAGGGACAGUUAUAGAUAACCAAAAUGGAUUUUAUUACAUUAAUUUUACUUUAUCCUGGCCGGGAAAAGUCCAAGUGUCAGUUUCCCUAAUUCAUCCCAGUGAAGGGGUCAAAGUACUAAAACGGCUGCGUGAAGAACGACCAUAUCGACUUUAUAUGAAAAGCACUUUCAAGGCUGGAGCAAUUUCAAAGACUACUGUUUGCCAUCUGUUUUUAACCCCAACUAAACCACUAUGUAACUUUACUGAUCUCAGGACAGGUGAGCCUUGGUUCUGUUACAAACCAGAAAAUCUUCCAUGUUCUACUCGAAUCAAUCACGCUGGACGUGGAUAUUUGAGAGAUGUUUUAAUUGGACACGAGAGGCUGUUUAUCCAAAGUAAAGUCAACCUCAACAUACCCAUAUUACCCUGUGCCAUGGGUUAUAUAAUCGUAGAGCCGUCACCUCAACCAGCCACAGUUCUUGACGAAUGUGUUCGGGGAAAACCAAUGACUACACCGUCUGGCUUUUAUUAUAAGGACCAGUGGAUGCCACUGACCUGCAAUAUUCGUCGCUUCAACACUCCUGCAAAAGUUACCGAGUGCCUCCGAAGAAAAAAAGUUCAUCUGUUUGGAGAUUCCACUAUGCGUCAGUGGUUUGAAUACUUGACUGCAUUUGUUCCAGGUAUUAGAAGAUUUGACCUUGGAAAUACAGAAAUAAUUGGCCCUCAGUGUGCCUUCGACGUGCAAAACAACAUCAUGCUGAAAUAUUUUAUUCAUGGCCCGCCAAUUCAAUUCGCCACCAUUUCAAGCCAGCAUCUGUACUAUAUUUCAAAUAAACUGAAUGAAAUUGUAGGAGGGAAAGACACAGUUAUUAGCAUUGCUAUAUGUGCCCAUUUCGGCCCUUUCCCAGCAGAAUGGUACAUCAGAAGGCUGCAGCAUAUUCGAAGAUCGGUUCUACAGCUGCUCAGCAGGAAUCCAGAUACGGUGGUUGUUAUAAGGUCUAUGAAUGUACGGGCCCUGACACAAGCUGUAAUUCUUAACUACAGUGACUGGUUCACUUUUCAACUUAAUUCACUGAUGAGAAAGAUGUUUGCCGGCAUCAACGUAGCAUUUGUGGAUGCAUGGGAAAUGACCAUAGCCCACUACCUGCCCCAUAACCUACACCCUCAACAAAUCAUAGUAAAGAAUCAAAUAGAUGUAUUUCUUUCACACGUGUGCCCUUCCAAAAAGAGGUAACAACAUCUGCUUACCAUGCAUCACCACAAUUACAUUGCAAAUCAUAGAUCUAUCUAAAACUGAAUGUAAUUUUAAAUAUUUUCAAAAUUUUGAUUUCUAAUUUUUGAAUUCAUCUUUGUCACU